AUGGAGGCGGCGCUGAAGGCAAGCAUCGCAUUGCCCCAACUCCCCACCCCCAAAACCCUAGGCGCCGUGGGGCCCCGACGCCGCGCGGCGCUAGAAUCCUAUCCCAACGGCGGCGGCGGUCUAAUCCCGCACGUUCUGUAUGUGCAGGGCUAUUUCGGGUACUCAACGUUCCGGCCGUACCAGAGGGAGAUCAUACAGAAGGUCCUGGAUGGGCGGGAUUGCCUCGCCGUCAUGGUCACCGGCAGCGGCAAGUCCAUCUGCUAUCAAAUUCCCCCACUGGUUACAAAGAAGACAGCUGUUGUUGUAAGCCCUCUUCUGUCCCUGAUGCAAGACCAGGUUAUGAGUUUAAAACAAAAAGGUGUGAAAUCUGAGUACCUUGGCAGCACCCAAAUGAAUAGCUCCGUCAGCAAUGAGGCGGAAAAGGGCGCGUUUGAUGUGCUGUACAUGACACCAGAGAAAGCCAUUUCACUUCCUUCAAGGUUUUGGAGUAACUUGCAGGCUGCUGGAAUCUGCUUGUUAGCUGUCGAUGAAGCUCAUUGCAUAUCGGAAUGGGGCCAUGAUUUCAGGAUGGAGUACAAGCAGCUGCAUUCAUUGCGCGACCUUCUUGUGGGUGUUCCCUUUGUUGCUUUAACUGCCACUGCCACAAAAAGGGUACGCAGAGAUAUUUCUACUUCCUUGGUUCUACGCAGUCCUCAUUUGGUGGUUGGCUCAUUUGAUCGUUCUAACCUUUUCUAUGGUGUGAAAACAUGCAACCGAUCUAUGUCCUUUAUAAGUGAACUUGUGAAAGAUGUUUCAAAGAAGAGUGCUGCGGGUGAGUCAACAAUAAUAUAUUGUACGACCAUCCGGGACACAGAACAGGUUCAUGAGGCUUUAGUUACUUCUGGAAUCAGGGCUGGAAUUUAUCACGGUCAAAUGGGCAGCAGAGCUAGAGAGGAAUCCCAUAGAUCCUUCAUUAGGGAUGAAGUUCUUGUGAUGGUGGCAACUAUAGCUUCUGGAAUGGGUAUUGAUAAGCCUGAUGUUAGAUGUGUAAUACACUAUGGAUGUCCAAAGAGCCUAGAGUCCUACUACCAGGAAAGUGGGCGUUGUGGAAGAGAUGGACUGCCUUCAGUCUGCUGGCUAUAUUACCAAAGAAGUGAUUUUACAAAAGCUGAUUUCUAUUGUUCUGAGGCAAAAAAUGGAACCCAGAGAAAAGCAAUCAUGGAUUCCUUCAUGGCAGCACAAAAAUAUUGCCUCCUUGCUACAUGCCGUAGAAGGUUCUUAUUGCAGUAUUUUGGUGAAGAAUGCAACACUGACUGUGGCAAUUGUGAUAAUUGCACAGCAGUGAAAAACGAGAGGGAUUUGUCAAAAGAAGCCUUUCUGUUGCUGUCCUGCAUCAAAUCUUGUGGAGGACGCUGGGGCCUCAAUUUACCUAUUGAUGUUCUUCGUGGAUCACGAGCCAAGAAGAUUGUUGGCAACAAUUAUGAUAAACUACAAAUGCAUGGACGUGGUAAAGAUUAUUCGUCAAACUGGUGGAAAGCACUUGGUGGUCUCCUUAUAGCACACGAUUAUUUGAAGGAGACUGUUCGUGAUACAUUUAGAUUUGUCAGUGUCAGUCCAAAAGGGGUCAAGUUUCUCUCUACUGCUGAUAAAAUGGAUGGAACACCACUGGUAUUUCAGCUGACUGCAGAGAUGAUUGAACUAGAGGAGCAUGGUAGUUCACAUCAUAAAGAAGGUGGUGGUUUAAAUCCUGUGCCAACAUUAGAAUCUGAAAAAAUUUCUGAGGAUGAAUCAAAACUCUAUCAAAUGCUCCUGAAUGUUAGGAUGAAGCUUGCUCAAGAUAUUGGCACUGCUCCGUAUGCUAUAUGUGGUGAUCAGACGAUAAGAAACUUUGCAAAGAUGAGACCUUCUACUGGAGCUAGACUUACUAAUAUCGAUGGUGUCAACCAGCAUUUUAUCUCACGUUUCAGUAACAUUUUCAUCCAAAAUAUCGCGCAAUUGUCGAAGGAGUUAAACCUCCCGUUGGAUAAUUCACCAUUACCACUACCAACAACAAAUCCAGCUGUAGAAAAUAUUGCUGGUAUACCAAAACCUUUACAAAACAAUCUUCCUGGGAUCUUGGGUGAUGCAAAGCUGACUGCUUGGGAAUUGUGGCAUAAGCAGGAGUACUCAUUCCUGAAAAUUGCUUAUUUCCGCAGAGCAGUGCCAAUAAAAGAGCAAACGGUUAUUGCGUACAUACUUGAUGCUGCUCGAGAAGGAUGUGAGAUGGACUGGAGUAGGUUUUGCAGGGAGGUAGGGCUGACACCUGAUAUAGCCACCGCGAUCCGUCUUGCAAUCUCAAAGGUUGGAUCACGUGAGAAGCUGAAGCCAAUCAAAGAGGAGCUCCCAGAGAAUGUAACUUACGACAUGAUCAAGACAUUCCUGACUAUUGAGGGGCGUGGAUUGUCAGAGCAAGUCUUUGGUAACGGUACUGCUGAUGGGGUUCCUAGUAGAAUAGCAGAGUCCCCAAUAUCUUCCUCCCAUGCAAGUGAAGCUAGCAGAAAUGAUAUGGGAGAUGGUGUCCCAGUGGCAGAGGCCAGUGAUGCAAACCCUUCAGCAAAGAGAGGCCAAACUGUUUCUGCUGAGGAGCCAGCAACAAAACUGCAAAGGAUAGACGAGCAUGGGGCAAAGUCAACUGGCACAGCGGCUGCCACUGAAGAAUCUGUGCUAGCUCUGGUUGCGAGCUGCAAUGGGGUAUCACUGGAGGAUGUUGCCAAGCACUUCAAGGGAUCCAAGAGAGAAUCGGUCUUGGAGAUAUUGGAGGGCCUUGAAUCUCAAUUCAUAAUUUACAAGAGAAACGGGAACUACAUGAUCCUGUGA